ACAAGGGAAGGUAACUAUUUUGGUUCUCCCCCACGCCCCAUGAGCAUGAAACGCAGCGUACCCCUCCAAGUCGAACAUUGUUGGAGCCCGGGUCACAAUGUGUGCAACUCAGAGUCAGCACGUGCUCCGCUUGGUCCUCUCAUGCCGCAACAUUACCGCGCACGUGACUCAGCCAGGGACCUCCUACAUCGUCGCCAUGGCCUCCUCCGCCGAGCAAGAAUUCCUCAUCCAAUACCGCUCCAAGCUCGACCAUUUCCCUCGAUCCCACCACUACUGGGACGCCAAAGUCGCUUCCAGAGUCGGCGAGAAACUCGGGUUCCGCUUGAAGGCGAUCGGCGUCAGCAACAUCGCCGUCGAUGUUAAUGAAGAGAUCUCCAGACCCAUUCACCGCCGGAGAUUGGUUUUGCCGCUCUUUGACUCGUUACGCCGCGUCGGUGUUGAGAUCGAUGGUGCCGAUAGGUUGGCGGAAAUCGGGCCUAGCAUGGGUUAGGCUUUCAUUUCGAAAUUCAACAAACGCCAAGAGACAUUUCCUUAAUAAUCUUCGCCCUUAAUUCUUUAGGAUGCUUUUAAUUACAGAGAUUCGGCCUCUGAAUUAUAUUUUCUGUAAUUCAGAAUUGUUAUAUUUUUUUUUCUUCAGAUAUACCAAAAGGAAUUUUGAGUAAUUGAGAAUUAUUAUUAUUUUCUAAUGAAAAUUUCAAUACAGUGCUUUACAU